AUGGCUAACCUAACCACCUUGACUAUGACAUCUACAAGUGACACGAUCUGGCUUUGCCAUCACAAAUUGGAGCAGAUUGAAGGGCUUAUGGGGGAGGUUUUCAGAAGUUGCAUGAGAGGUAAUGAAGAGCAAGGAUGCUUGAUCACAUUCCGCUCCAAGGAGUCACAAAUUUCCUUCUGA